AGAAUAUGCCUACUACACACAUUUAUCCGAUAGAUGUGCACUAGAGACUAGAGUGGACUAAAUUUCAUAUCUUCACUUUUAUAGCAAGCUCGGAAAAUGAAAUUCCAACUAUCCAAUCAAAGUUAUGAUCACCCUUUACAAAACAAAACAAAAAAAGAAAGAAGCAGAGACUCACCUUUUUGCUAAAACACUGAAAUCAAAUCUAGUGCAAAAAUCUCUUGCACUCCUAUAAUAAUGGCGAAUCCAACAACAAGCAACUACUCCCCUGUAUCAGAUUGGUAUGACCCAGAAUCAACAACUCAACCAGAACCGAACACUCUUCCAUUAAAACACUCACUUAGACGCUUAAAAUCCUUCCUAAGAUUUCUGGGUUUCAUCCAUGAUUCACCACUUUCACUUUCUCUCUCCUCACUUUCAUUCCUUUUCUUAGGUGUUGCAGCUCCUUCAAUUAUCAUCUUUCUCUUUUACUGCGGUUCUUCUGAUCCAUCUGCUUGCCGUAAGUAUCACGUCAAGAAUUUUGAGCUUGAAACUCUUCUUUUUCAGGCUGCUGCUGCUGCUGUCUCUCUCCUUUGUUUUUCCAGGAGUUUUAGAAAAUAUGGCCUUAGAAUCUUUCUUUUUGUUGACAAGUAUCAAGGAAAUGUUGCCCAGUUUCAAUUUCAGUAUAUCUCUAAAAUUGAUGGCUUCUUUCGUUCACUGGCUGUAUGGGUAUUGCCAUGCUUAAUCUUGAAGAUGACACGGGAGAUUGUCAGAAUUAUCUAUGUCUCCAAUGAUUCACUAGUACAAUCUAUAAUGGUUGUGUUUAUACUGCUGGUAUCCUGGACUUAUACUGCUACAAUUUAUCUGUCUGGAAGCACUUUGUUCAGUUUGGUCUGCAAUCUACAAGUGGUACACUUUGAGAACUACAAGAAGCUUCUGGAAAGGAAUUUAGAUGUUUUAGUGUAUAUUGAAGAGCAUAGCCGUCUCACAUAUAAUCUGUCGAAAAUAAGUCACAGAUUCCGAAUAUUCCUUAUUUUGGAAUUCUUGAUUGUAACUGCUAGUCAAAUUGUGACUCUACUGGAAACUACGGGGACUAAUAGGACCAUCAAUUUCAUAAAUGCCGCAGAUUUUGCUAUAUCGUCCAUUGUUCUGGUGGUUGGAAUAAUUAUUUGUCUGCACGCUGCUGCAAAAAUAUCUCAUAGAGCUCAAAGCCUGGCAUCAUUUGCCAGCAGAUGGCAUGCAAUGGUAACAUGCCGCUCAAAUGAGAUGCUAGGAGAGUCAGAACAUGGCGGGAACUUCAAUGUUGCUGGUUCAGCAAUUACAGCAAUGAACUACCCAGAAAGUGACAUGGAUUCAGCUGAUUAUAUAUUACCAUCUAUGAAUUUAGAAUCAAUGGCAAAUGUCUCUUCGUACCGUAAAAGGCAAGCAUUUGUCAUGUAUAUGCAGUCCAAUCCUGGUGGCGUAACCAUUUUUGGAUGGACAGUCAAUCGGGCAUUCAUGGAUACAAUAUUCUGUGCUGAACUCACUGUGGUUACUUUUGUUCUCGGCAAGACACUGACAUUUACAACAAACCAUACUUGAUGAAGGCGGGAUAUGUGCUCCUAUGAUGCAUAUUCUUUUGCCUCUUAAGUGAGGCACAAACUGCUGAUUGAUGGAUGAAAGCUUUUCUUUUCUGAAUAGAGAUAUAGGAGCCCUAAUUGAGGAGCUGAGAUGGAUUAGUUGGAUUAGUCUUGCCUCCAUGGCCCUGACGUCGCUGUUCUAUGUUUACCAAAAGUAUAAGCCGUCACCACUCAGCCAUAGGGCUAGAACAUUAAUUCUGAGAAAGACAUCUUGGUUUCAUGGGGACAGAGGAUAAGUAGUGGUCUUCUGAGACCUUGUGCCUGGCGUCCGGCUUAAAGGCUAGAUGUCUAUCUGGAGUCAAGGUUCCCCUUACUCUUUUCUUGUAUUGACCUGGCUGGUCCUGUCUCAAUUACUGAAUCCCCAAAACUGAUGAAAGGAAAAGGCAAGUUCAAGCUUGAUAAGCCUACUUCACAUGACGGAGAAUUUUAAUUCGUAGAAGCAUACUGGUAUUAUAAUAUAUUCUCUGUUACUAUAAGACCAGCAUAUACUUUUUCCUACGUAUAAAUAAUUAGAUAUUUUUAUGUGCAACAUAGAGUUCUUUGCCAUUACUUGAGAAUCAGCUGAAUGCUAUGUGUUAUGCACCACAGAAAUGCUCAUUUUAACUUUGAAUUUUUUAACCUUUUUCCUAGGCAGUUGUAGAUCCUAGUUAUCUCUAUAGUUAAUAAAAGAACAGCAAUUAACAUGAUUCAGUGUUCUGACAGUUAGAGGAAAGUAAUAAAUGACAUUAAAACUUUGGAACCACUAGAGGUCAAGCAGUGUCCCUACAAAGUCUUGGAUAUCGAAAUAGAGCACACUUUGGCUUCUUGUUUUGCUUGGAGCUUAUUAAUUAGCUGGGACAAAAAGGUAAAUAAUACUUCCUUCAUUUUAAUAUACUUGAUACAUAACAAUUUGGCAUGCAAUUUUAGAAGCAUAAUUUAGACAAAGUAAACAAAUGAAUUACUUAUUAUAAUUCAAACAUGGUUUAAGAUGAGUGAUUAAGUUAAUUCAUGUUAAGAUCAUUGGUGUUAUUUCAUGGUUUUAUCCAUGCACCUUGUCUAUCAUGCUCCUUAAAUUGUAUGCCAAGGAGCUAUGUGUCAAGUAAAAAUAAAGUUGAAGUAUUUUUCAAGUUCAUAUAUAUAGAUAGAUAACUAUGAGAUUGAGAGCUGAGGAGGAUUUUGAUGUCUGGGCCACCCCCCACCUCCGAGUACCACUACCUUCUUGAAGAACAUGCAUAGAAGAGCAAAUUAUAUGGGGAAAUAAGAUCCAAAAUGUGGAGUUUCGUACUUCAAUUUAAGGAGAAAUAUGCCUGAUUAAUUUAGGCGAAGAUACUAUGUGAAUGGCACUUCAAGUAUUUGCAAUUGCUAAAUUUCUUAGGGCGCGUUUGGUUUUGGGUUUUUAGGAAAAGGUUAAGGAAACAAAUAGGUUGAUUCCCUUACUUGUUGUUUGUUAGCACAUUUUAAUCAUUCCCUUUACCCUUCCCUUUCCCCCAAACUCCUCUACUUCCAUUACCCACACCCCCCAAGGUUUCACUUACCCUUUUCGUCCUUUACUCCAUGGUCACUUUGACCAAUGAUUGACUACCACCUCAACCACUAGAACAACCACCCCAACCACUAAACCACCACACCAACCACCGACCCACUACCCCCAGCUACCGACACCACCUCUCAUCGCCCCCUUCACCACCAAAACCAUCACCCACCGCUGGAAACACCAUCCGGUCGCCGGAACCGCCAUCCCCAUUAACGAAAAUACCACGACGCCACCUUAUCAACAUAAACCAACACAUAAGCCACUACCACCCACCCAAAGAUCCCCCAACACUUCUUCAAAACCCAUAACGUACAAUAAAAAAAUUAUGAAUAAAGAUGGAUAAAUAUCUUUUUUUAUGGUUUUGGAUGUCAAAUUCAACUAUAAAAAUUCUAGAUCUAGAAUUUUCAUGGUUGAAUUUGACUUAAAAACCUCACAUUUCACCUUUAAUGGUAAUGGAGAAUAAAAAGUAGAAAAAUCGGUGGUGAGGGGGUUGUUGUCGGUGAGGAGGGGGGAGCCGGCAGGCGGUGAGGGGAGGCGACGGAGAUCGGCGGUGAGGGGAGGCGACGGAGAUCGGCGGUGAGGGAGACUGUAGACCCGCAGCCAGCUGCACUAGAGAGAGAGAGAUUGGUAGAACAUGGUGGAGAAGAGGAAUAGGGGGUUUUUUCAAUCCAAACAACAUUUUUAAACAAAGGGUUUUCCUUUCGUUUCUCCUUGUUUCUCUUUCUCAAACCCCUUCCUAAACCAAACGCCCCUUUAUGGUAGACCUAUUUUUAUUGUUGAGACUAAUUGAUGGCCUAUUCGAGUAAGAAUUUGGCUGUCGUUUAGUUUCUAAUAAAUGUAUAGCAAAGUUAAUAUCUUCUUUUAAUCUGUAUUUUGACUUCCAUUAGAGCAUAGAACCCUCCACUGAACGUCCUUAUCAUCUCUGAGAAUUGUGUCUCGUCUCAAAACUUCCUCUCGCCCUUUCUGAAAAAAUGUAUAGUUCAGUUGUUGCAUUGCUAGUGUAAUGCACUCAAUUUGAUUUUAAAUGAUAAUAGAAUGUUGUAAUUUCUAUUUUAAUGAGUUCAUAAGACUUCCAUUGAUGUGGAUAAACCAUGGAAAAAAAUUUACUCCCCCACCCUUCCCCCUCUUGUUCUUUUCUCACUGGGGAUGUUAAUGGUUAGGACAUAGGUUGGAUGGGACAUGGAUUUGUAUACGUAUCUAUAUAAAGUGUUUUCUUAUGUUGUCUAACACAUCCAUUCGGUUCUAUUUUACGAAUUUUUCACCAAAUACCUCUAAUUCAUUUUCUUUUUAUACAACAUACACCUUCAAUGUUUUACCAUAUACCACUCAAUUUCAUUAGAAUACAUCCUUAUGUCCUUCAUGUCUUAAUGACUAAUUAGCUCCAACUUUGUUAAUCAUUAACCCCUAAUCCUGUUAUUAAAUCCUAAUUAACCUUAAUUGACGUUGUUUCUCUCUCUUCUUCUAUAACUCUUUCCCUCUUCAUUCUCUUUCCAUCUAGCCCUCUCUUUCUCCCCCACCAUCACCACAUGCCAUUACUCUCUUCCGGAACUUUCACUCCUCUAUAUUCGAAAUAUGCCUUUCUAGGAGCAUUACGAUCUGCAGCUCAAAUGGUCCCUUCGGCCACCCCUCCCUCCCUAGAGUAAUGGAAAAUUACUUAGUAUUUGGUGAUAAAUUUGUUUACUUUUAUCAUGUCCAUUUUUUUCCUUAUCUAAAUGUGAUGGAUGUUCAAAUAUCUUGUCUAAGAAUUUCUGUUAAGUUCCUUAACUAUAUUCAAGUGCACUCUUCUUUCCUUAACUACAUAAUGUAAUAAUACGUGCGCUUCGUGAGUGAAAAUUCUAACACUUAGGUUUAUCAUAUGUAAGAAUGAAGAAUUUAUGAGAACAAACAACACGAUUAUCAACUUUAUUCUAUAGCAAGCAAUAAAAGACUUGAGGAAUGAUAUUCCCCCAUCCUUAAGACCUUGGAAUUACUUCAUGAGAGUAUUGCUUACCGUGUGGUUCUUUCCUAGUACUUUCCUUUCGUUGACUCAUACCAACUUUGAUCUAAAAGAUGUCGUUAUUACAUGGAUUCUAGUGCUUUCUCCGUUUCAAUUUAGUUGUGACACUUUUAAAAUCACAGACUUCUGGACAAUUUUUGGAGACGAGAGAGAGAGAAAGAAAAUAAAAGGGUCUCAUGUGAUAGGAGAGAGAUAGAAAGAAGUUAUUACCCAAAAUGAAAGUGUCACAACUAAAUUGAAACUUCCUAAAAUAGGAAGUGUCAACUAAAUUGAAACGGAGGAAGUAUAAAGAAGUGUACAUGAAACAACCACUUGCCUUUGUUCAUCCUGACUACCCUAACUAAAUUUAUUGGUUAAAAAAGGUCAUUCUUUGCCGCAAACAAGGUAAUGGCUUAGUCUUGUAAGUACCUUUCAAGUGACUGAAGGUUUUUUCUUUUGCAGUAGGUCUUACACAACCAUAACCUUUUAUAAGCAUGGAUCGGACACCCUCAUUCUUCUAUUGUGUGGAUAACAUCCUCUUGACUGGAAACAACGCCAAUCUCCUCCAUUUCUUAUCUGGUGUCUUCUCACUUUUCAGUGAGAGACCCUGGCAAUUUGCCUUAUUUUCAUCGGGUUCAGAUUUUAGGUACGUCUUGUCAAUGAAGGACUUUGGCACAUUAAAAUCUUGCAUGGGUAUUGUGAAACCUGUAUCCAUUGCUUUCAAUAUCACUUUGUCCUUGACUGAUGGUUAGUUGCUUUCUCAUGGGCCUGCUCAGUAUAGGACUAUGACCAAGUUUAUAUUGCGUUUAAAUCAUCUGGUACUUAUCUUUUUGCUGUGGUGCACAUUCAUGGGUACUUGGACAUCGUGACGAGAAGCCUGAGUCUGUUGGUGGCAUAUUGUGCUGCGGACAAAGGUGGUCGUAUUGAUAACCGUCACUUCAUUUCUCGUUGACCUGGGAUCCAAGUACUUCUGGUAAUCAAAGAAACAACCCCCCAGUCCCUCAGUUUUUUUUUACAGAGGUUACAAGCUGAGCUAUUGUACAAACUACAAGGACAAAUUGGAUUAUAUCAUUGUCGCCCUGUUCAUCUGUUUUCUGAUGAUAAACAGCUAAGUCUUGAUUAUAUGUGAGUUGAUUGGUCGAAGGAAGGAGUCUGUGCUGCAGAACUUCCCACGAGUGAUAUAUCAGGGUUGUCCUAAUCACUGCGUUUCAGACUGUGGAAGCUAAUCCCUUGUUCCAUUCUGUCCAGAUUGAGGUGUAUAGUAUAUGGUAGUGUAGUAAAGUAUGUAUUGAGGGAAGUCUCAGAAAGCAUGGACGAGCUACAUCAUACAUGCUGGGAAAUUGUAAAGUUACUUUAUGUUAUAUCUAUGGGCUGGGGUUCCCAGUUAGAGCCUCUAACUCUCUAAGCAUAUAUAUUUUUCUCACCAUUUCUAUCGGAUCCUUUGUUGAAUAUUAGAGUUAUGGGCUCUCUGUAUGUUGUUAUUUAUAACACGACCAAGAACUUUUGUCUAUGAUAUAUACUCUCUCUGUUUAUUUUUAA